GUCUAUGAUCCAGGGGUCCCUGCAUUUCCUUUUUUCCUUCCAACUCCUUUUCUUGACACUGAUAUCCCAACCAGAUCAGUUAACUAGGUGAGUAGACCUGAGUCCAGCUUAUCCAUGUUUUGAGGCAGGAGAAUGAGAAUGGCAAGAGGUAAAACAAGACAUUACAAGACAUUACAUUCAAUCCAAUUGAUGGAGCUGACUGCAGAAGUCUGUUAACAAUGUUGGGAGCUAAAGCUUUGGAGCUCAUAAGAGAAUUGAAGAGGACACCUGACAGCCUGCCACCAUACAAUGACGCCACUGUGCGCCAGGUGCUGCAGGAGGUUCGCACACUGUUCGAGGCCAACCGGCGCGACGUCGUCGACCUGGACGCCAGCGGAGUGGGCGGAUCACUGUCAGCGGCAGUCUGGGUGCGACACGCCGGCAUUGAGAGGAACCGCCGCUGCCUGCUCGCCUACCUGUACCACCGACUACGCGCUAUCUCCUCCCUGCGCUGGAGCUUCGGCAGUGUGCUGCCUCCCGAUGUGAAGCAGAACCUUUCCGAGGCAGAGGUGAGCUGGUUCGCCGAGUACAGCCGCUCUCUGGCUGGCUACAUGCGUUCCAUCGGCGAGACCGGCCUGAAUCUGACCGAUGACCUGAAGCCGCCCAAACAGCUUUACAUCGAGGUGCGCUGUAUGGAGGAUUACGGAGAGUUUGAGACCGAGGACGGCGACGUCAUGCUGCUGAAGAAGAACUCGAUACACUUUCUGCCUCGCUCCCAGUGCCAGCACCUGGUGCGGCAGGGCGUUCUCCAGCACCUGGUCCACUGACCGGCUUGCGCCAGGGAUACCGAAGCACCUGGCUCACUGACAUGGCUUGUGUGAAGGGUACUUGAACAUCUGGUUCACUGAUAGGCCCGCGUAUUCUCUGCUCGUCUCUGCUUGAUCGGGCUAGUGUCUGCUACAUGAGGAUGACUAACAACGCAAAGGGCUAUUGAGUGGCUCAGAGGUGAUUAGAGGUUCACAGACUGUGAGGGCUUCCGUUGUGUGGGCGAACCCCACAAUCUCGCCACAGUAAAGGUUAUACAGUACACACUAAACGGUGGGUGGCGUGACUGAUAGUGGGCCCUUCACACUAAGCUCGCGCCCUUCUCGUGCAGAGACCUGUGCGUGACCUCAUCCAGUGACGUCGCAGCCCGGAUCUGAGGUCGCCGAUUGGCUGACAGAGUGGUUGACGUCACCCUGUGAUGUCAGACGUGUGUGCCGGAUGCAGUGAUGUCACCAUGUUGUGGGCCUGCCAUCGACGGUUUAGCGAAAUGGGAGUGGAGAGGGAUGAUUUCACGCAAAUGCGGGGCACAUUGCUCUUGUACUGCGUGGGAGGAUAAGACAUUGUUCAUGAAGAGGGAGCGUUCCAUGCGACAUACCGGAUGGUGGGAUCUUUCCCGUGCUUUCGCUAAGCUCAUGUGUCAUUGUAUCAUUGUCACCUCACCGUCUCAAUAAAUGAGGUCAUCAGA